AUGGACCCCUCCUACGACGUCCUCGUCACCGGCUCGGCCGGCCAUCUCGGCACCGCCCUCAUGCUCGCCCUGCCCGGCCUCGGCUUCACGCCCUACGGCAUUGACGUUCUCGCGUCGCCCACCACCACCGCCGUCGGCAACAUCGCCGACCGCGGUUUCAUCCGGGGUCUACUACAGGGGAGCCGCAUCCGACAUGUCAUCCACGCGGCGACGCUGCACAAGCCGCACGUCGGCAGUCACACCAAGGCGCAGUUUGUCGAGACCAACAUCACCGGCACCGUGGUACUCCUGGAAGAAGCUGCUGCGUUGCCGAAUCAUCAGGUGGAGAGCUUUUUGUUUCUGAGCACGACGAGCGCGUUUGGCACGGCGCUAAGCCCGAAACCGGGGAACCCUGCGGCAUGGAUCGACGAGAGUGUCGUGCCGCAGCCCAAGAAUAUCUAUGGCGUGACAAAGACGGCCGCCGAAGACAUGUGUCUGCUCGUGCAGCGGCAGACGGGCCUGCCCGUGCUUGUGCUGCGUACGAGUCGCUUCUUUCCGGAAGAGGAUGAUGAUGACGACCGGCGUAACGAGCUGGACGAUGCUAAUCUCAAGGUACUGGAGUUGGCGUAUCGUCGCGUGGACCUCGAGGACAUUGUGGGCGCGUGCGUAUGCGGCAUGGCCAAGGCUAAAAGUAUCGGCUGGGGACGGUAUAUCAUUAGCGCGCCGCCGCCGUUCAAGUCACGCGAUGAGGAGACGCUCAAGGCGUUGGAUAGCGAUCCGGGGAGCGUGCUGCGGAGCAUGGCGCCGGGCGUGGAGGCGGUGUUUGAGAAGAAAGGAUGGGGGUUUCUGAGGAGGAUUGAUCGUGUAUAUGAUUCGUCCAAGGCGGUGAGAGAGCUGGGCUGGCGGCCCAAGUAUACGUUUGAGGAGGUGGUCAGGAGGGUGGGUGAGGGCAAGGAGUGGAGGAGCGAGCUCACGAGCAAGGUGGGCAGGAAGGGAUACCAUGCUGUGAGCACGGGCGUGUACACGAAGAGAUGA